AUGGGCCCCCGUACCGCCUCCUCAUGCUGCUGCCAGGUCCGUAAUCUGUCAUGGGCCCCUGUACCGCCUCCUCAUGCUGCUGCCAGGCCCGUAAUCUGCCAUGGGCCCCCGUACCGACUCCUCAUACUGCUGCCAGGCCCGUAAUCUGCCAUGGGCCCCUGUACCGCCUCCUCAUGCUGCUGCCAGGUCCAGAGUGUCUCAUGGGUCCCUGUACGGCCUCCCAUUGCUGCUGUCUCCAUCGCCACACUCUGCCAUGUGCCACUUUCAGGUCUCCUCACACUGCUGGUGGGUUCCAUUUUGUCAUAGGGUGCUGGCAGAUUACGGGCCUCCCAUUGCUGCUGCCAGGCCCGUAAUCUGCCAUGGGCCCCCGUACCGCCCUCCUCAUGCUGCUGCCAGGUCCAGAGUG